GCCUUGCAAAAUCUGAGGUCAAUUUCAGGUCGCUAAUGCAUUAUUUAGUGGAGGCAGAAAGCUGCUUACUGAUAAGCCUCCAGAACAUGAUUCAGAGAGAAAUUAGUCUCACAUUAAUUAGCCAUUUACUGUUUAACGAUAAAUAGCCAUUAUCAGCAGAAUACCUUCAACCGGUUUCAGAAAUUUAGAGAAUAUUUUGUGAUAUUUCAGUGAAAAUUGAGAAUAUUAAUUAAAUAAAAUGGUUCAUAGUUGUUGUGCAGUUGGAUGUUCAAAUAGACAAAGCACAGAAAAAAAUAUAUCAUUACAUAGAUUUCCUAAAUAUCCAUUGUGGAGAAGGGAAGCAUGGAUAAAAGCUUUAAAAAGAUUAGAAAUUGGCAGUACACCGGGAAAACAAAAGCCCUGGCAACCUACAAAUAGUUCUCGUGUAUGCAGUAUGCAUUUUAUAACGGGAAAGCCAUGUGAGGAAAUAACUCAUCCCGAUUUCAUACCUAAUCAGAAUUUAGGUGGAAAGAAUGGAAAUAGCAGAACAAAUAUUACUACAAUGGAAAGAUUCAAAAGAUCAAAGAAAAGACAGAAAACAGGAAUGUCUCAUGAUGAAACUGUUUCCAUACCUGAGCAUCAGUCCCAGGAGCCUGAUUUGGACAUAAACAUUGGCAUUCAGUGUGAUUUGCUUACUGACGGACAAACAUCCAUGGUCACAGAGCUUGAAAAGAAACUUAAAAAGGGAACAAAAGCAAAUGAAUGUCUUGAGAAGAAAUCAUAUCUGCAGGAACAGAGAAUUAGUAAAUUAAAACUGUCUUUUUCUAGCGGUGUGUACCAAUUAUUGACUGCUUUGAGAUCUUCAUUAAACGCCCGAAGAACCUUACUGCCCGAGCUCAAACUUGGAGUAAUUACAAACAUAACAAUAUUGUAAAGUAUCUGAUAUCUAAAUCGCCAUCAGGAGCGAUAAAUUUUCUCUCAUCUGGUUGGGAUGGAAGAGUAUCAGAUAAGGAAAUUACAUUAAAAUCUGGGUUUAUGGAAAAUCUUAUGCACGGAGAUGAAGUUUUGGCUGAUAGAGGGUUUCUUCUGUCAGAGGAAAUGGCAUCACAGGGUGUGGUGUUAAGAAUUCCGUCCUUUACAAAGGGUAAGAAACAGCUGAGCGGAAAAGACGUCGAAACAUCGAGAAAACUUUCUCAUGUUAGAAUACAUGUAGAGAGGGUGAUAGGUCGAAUGAGAACUUUUCUCAAUCUUGAGUCCAACAUACCUCUUUGCCAAGUGCAUCUACUGGAUGACAUAGUAACCAUUAUAGGGACUUUAAAUAACUUACUCCCCCCAAUUGUCAAAGGCUAGUUUGAAGCAAUAUUGUAUA